AUGUCUAAAGAAGAAAUUAGCUCUAAAAUAAUAGGAAUUGAUCUAGGAACAACCAAUUCUUGUGUGUCUCUUAUACAUAACAAUAUCCCACAAAUUAUUGAAAACGAAGAAGGUGGUAGAACUACACCAUCGGUGGUAUCAAUUUUUAAAGAUAAAAUUUUAACAGGUGAGCAAGCUAAGUCUAACUUGUUAUUACAUCCCAAGAAUACGAUUUUUGCGUCUAAGAGAUUGCUGGGACGAAAAUUUGAUGAUGUAGAAUUAAAAGAUUAUUUAAAAAGCUUACCAUAUGACACUACUAAGCAUUGUAACGGCGAUAUUUGGAUAAAAAUUGACAAUAAGAAAUAUUCUCCUGCACAAAUUGGUGCAUUUAUUUUGUCAAAAAUGAAAAAUGCCGCAGAGAAUUUUUUAAAUUCUAAAGUAUUAAGAUCUGUUAUAACAGUGCCCGCAUAUUUUGAUGACAUGCAAAGGCAAGCUACUAAAGAUGCGGGAAGGAUUACGGGAUUACAAGUGCUUAGAGUGAUUAAUGAGCCUACUGCGGCAGCACUUGCUUAUGGGCUUGACAAGUCUGCGCAGGGUAUUAUAGCUGUUUAUGAUCUGGGAGGAGGAACUUUUGACAUUAGUAUAUUAGAAUUAGAUAAUGGUAUUUUUCAUGUAAAAUCUACUAACGGAAAUACUUUUUUAGGAGGAGAAGAUUUGGAUAAUACUUUAGUAGAUUAUAUUAAUGAAAAAUUUAAAAGUAAAACAGGAAUUGAUUUACUUAAACACGAUUCUUGUUAUAAUAGAAUUAAAGAAGCAGCGGAAAAAAUGAAAAAAAAACUGUCGUCUAAUCUUUCGUCUGAAAUUAAUAUUCCGUAUAUUUAUAACGAUAGUAAAAAGAAUUAUCACUUAAAAGAGGUAAUUACACGCGACGAAUUUGAAAAAAUUACAAAAAAGUUAAUAGACAAAACAAUAAACCCCUGUCUUAAAGCUAUUAGAGAUGCCAAUAUAACUAAAAGUGAUAUUAAACACGUUAUACUUGUGGGUGGAAUGACACGAAUGCCGUAUGUUAGAAAACUUGUUAAGAAGAUUUUUGGUAUCGAGCCUUCUACAAAUAUUAAUCCAGAUGAAGCUGUUGCUAAAGGGGCCGCUCUACAAGCAGGCGUGUUAGAAGGAAAAAUAAAAGAUGUCCUAUUAUUGGAUGUAGUACCAUUGAGUUUAGGUAUAGAGCUUUUGGGCGGGAUUUUUAAUAAGAUAAUUCAUAGAAAUUCUACUAUUCCAUUUAAGGAAACACACAAUUUUUCUACCUCUGAAGAUAAUCAAUCCGAAGUAGAUAUUAGAAUAUAUCAAGGAGAAAGAAAGAUGGUAAAAGACAAUAAAUAUUUAGGAGCUAUAAAACUCAAAAACAUUCCUAAAGCACCUGCAGGUAUUCCAAAGAUAGAUGUUACAUUUGAAGCCGAUGCUAACGGAAUAUACAAAGUAUCUGCGCAAGACGGGAUAACGAAAAAAAAGCAAGAAAUCGAAAUUGUGCCUUCAAGUGGAUUAAAUGAAGGUGAAAUUUCGCAAAUGAUACGAGAAGCCGAAGAAAAUUCGAAAAAAGAUGAAAUUGAAAAAAAUUGUGCCGAAUUUAAAAUUGAAAUUCAACAAUUUUUAAAGUACAAACAAGUAACAGAUGAAACAAAAGAGAUUUUAAAGUCAUAUUUGACUAAAAAAAUUUAUGACUUAGAACAAGCAAAAAAAAUAUUGAAAAAUUCUUAA